AUGAGGAACAAGGAGGGCACACGUGACAUGAGGAACAAGGAGGGCACACGUGACAUGAGGAACAAGGAGGGCACACGUGACAUGAGGAACAAGGAGGGCACACGUGACAUGAGGAACAAGGAGGGCACACGUGACAUGAGGAACAAGGAGGGCACACGUGACAUGAGGAACAAGGAGGGCACACGUGACAUGAGGAACAAGGAGGGCACACGUGACAUGAGGAACAAGGAGGGCACACGUGACAUGAGGAACAAGGAGGGCACACGUGACAUGAGGAACAAGGAGGGCACACGUGACAUGAGGAACAAGGAGGGCACACGUGACAUGAGGAACAAGGAGGGCACACGUGACAUGAGGAACAAGGAGGGCACACGUGACAUGAGGAACAAGGAGGGCACACGUGACAUGAGGAACAAGGAGGGCACACGUGACAUGAGGAACAAGGAGGGCACACGUGACAUGAGGAACAAGGAGGGCACACGUGACAUGAGGAACAAGGAGGGCACACGUGACAUGAGGAACAAGGAGGGCACACGUGACAUGAGGAACAAGGAGGGCACACGUGACAUGAGGAACAAGGAGGGCACACGUGACAUGAGGAACAAGGAGGGCACACGUGACAUGAGGAACAAGGAGGGCACACGUGACAUGAGGAACAAGGAGGGCACACGUGACAUGAGGAACAAGGAGGGCACACGUGACAUGAGGAACAAGGAGGGCACACGUGACAUGAGGAACAAGGAGGGCACACGUGACAUGAGGAACAAGGAGGGCACACGUGACAUGAGGAACAAGGAGGGCACACGUGACAUGAGGAACAAGGAGGGCACACGUGACAUGAGGAACAAGGAGGGCACACGUGACAUGAGGAACAAGGAGGGCACACGUGACAUGAGGAACAAGGAGGGCACACGUGACAUGAGGAACAAGGAGGGCACACGUGACAUGAGGAACAAGGAGGGCACACGUGACAUGAGGAACAAGGAGGGCACACGUGACAUGAGGAACAAGGAGGGCACACGUGACAUGAGGAACAAGGAGGGCACACGUGACAUGAGGAACAAGGAGGGCACACGUGACAUGAGGAACAAGGAGGGCACACGUGACAUGAGGAACAAGGAGGGCACACGUGACAUGAGGAACAAGGAGGGCACACGUGACAUGAGGAACAAGGAGGGCACACGUGACAUGAGGAACAAGGAGGGCACACGUGACAUGAGGAACAAGGAGGGCACACGUGACAUGAGGAACAAGGAGGGCACACGUGACAUGAGGAACAAGGAGGGCACACGUGACAUGAGGAACAAGGAGGGCACACGUGACAUGAGGAACAAGGAGGGCACACGUGACAUGAGGAACAAGGAGGGCACACGUGACAUGAGGAACAAGGAGGGCACACGUGACAUGAGGAACAAGGAGGGCACACGUGACAUGAGGAACAAGGAGGGCACACGUGACAUGAGGAACAAGGAGGGCACACGUGACAUGAGGAACAAGGAGGGCACACGUGACAUGAGGAACAAGGAGGGCACACGUGACAUGAGGAACAAGGAGGGCACACGUGACAUGAGGAACAAGGAGGGCACACGUGACAUGAGGAACAAGGAGGGCACACGUGACAUGAGGAACAAGGAGGGCACACGUGACAUGAGGAACAAGGAGGGCACACGUGACAUGAGGAACAAGGAGGGCACACGUGACAUGAGGAACAAGGAGGGCACACGUGACAUGAGGAACAAGGAGGGCACACGUGACAUGAGGAACAAGGAGGGCACACGUGACAUGAGGAACAAGGAGGGCACACGUGACAUGAGGAACAAGGAGGGCACACGUGACAUGAGGAACAAGGAGGGCACACGUGACAUGAGGAACAAGGAGGGCACACGUGACAUGAGGAACAAGGAGGGCACACGUGACAUGAGGAACAAGGAGGGCACACGUGACAUGAGGAACAAGGAGGGCACACGUGACAUGAGGAACAAGGAGGGCACACGUGACAUGAGGAACAAGGAGGGCACACGUGACAUGAGGAACAAGGAGGGCACACGUGACAUGAGGAACAAGGAGGGCACACGUGACAUGAGGAACAAGGAGGGCACACGUGACAUGAGGAACAAGGAGGGCACACGUGACAUGAGGAACAAGGAGGGCACACGUGACAUGAGGAACAAGGAGGGCACACGUGACAUGAGGAACAAGGAGGGCACACGUGACAUGAGGAACAAGGAGGGCACACGUGACAUGAGGAACAAGGAGGGCACACGUGACAUGAGGAACAAGGAGGGCACACGGGACAAGGAGGGCACACGUGACAUGAGGAACAAGGAGGGCACACGUGACAUGGGGAACAAGGAGGGCACACGUGACAUGAGGGACAAGGAGGGCACACGUGACAUGAGGAACAAGGAGGGCACACGUGACAUGGGGAACAAGGAGGGCACACGUGACAUGAGGAACAAGGAGGGCACACGUGACAUGAGGAACAAGGAGGGCACACGUGACAUGAGGAACAAGGAGGGCACACGUGACAUGAGGAACAAGGAGGGCACACGUGACAUGAGGAACAAGGAGGGCACACGUGACAUGAGGAACAAGGAGGGCACACGUGACAAGGAGGGCACACGUGACAAGGAGGGCACACGUGACAAGGAGGGCACACGUGACAAGGAGGGCACACGUGACAAGGAGGGCACACGUGACAAGGAGGGCACACGUGACAAGGAGGGCACACGUGACAAGGAGGGCACACGUGACAAGGAGGGCACACGUGACAAGGAGGGCACACGUGACAAGGAGGGCACACGUGACAAGGAGGGCACACGUGACAAGGAGGGCACACGUGACAUGGGGAACAAGGAGGGCACACUACACAUGGGGAACAAGGAGGGCACACUACACAUGAGCAUUGGCAGAGAAGUGGCAGAGAGAGGUGGGCGGUGGGCGGCGCACUGA